AUGUGCACGUCGUUCAACUCAAAGCAAGGUAACCCAACACAGCCUAUUGCAUACCUAUCCAAUGACAUUGUCUUCCAGAUGUAUAAACAACUUGCCUCUGCGUUACUACUGCUCGGCUUGCUCGGUACUCACUGCGUAAACGCUGUCACCUGCGGUGGAUUUCCCCCGGCGAAAUUGGAACAUUGCGUGGUUCUUAUGAAUAGGUAUCUAGGGGAUGUAUCAGUGUCACCUAUCCGUAAUGGAUAUGCGGUCAUUGAAUUCGCCACCUGCGCUAUUACGACCAGGCCAGCUUCUGGCCAGGUACCGGUUACAAAUGACUACUUGGCCCGGCGGGGUAAAAGUACCUCCAACGAUUGUGAAAGUACUUCUAUCUCUGGGUCUAUUCCGGACCCGAGAUGGCCCAGGGUCUGUAUGCUCAACACCGACGCGCUGGAUUGGUGUUAG